AUGUCUGACCAAGAAAGCAACACUAGCACCAACAAUUCUGGAUACAGCACUCCUGUUCCAGAGUUGGACGAUCACAGACAUCAGAGUACAUCCGUACAGAAGCCACGCUCCAGACGUGGUACUGUUGACACCAUGCAUAGCAACUUCCGUCGCAAUUUGGGCCCGGACCUUGCACUUGUCAACCAAGGACUUUCUCCAACCAUUGCGAGAGACUUUGAAGAAGCUGUCGAGGACGGAGAAUCGGCUGGUGUCUCGCCACUUCAUUUGCGAGCAGCAUCUGGUCGCAGCCGUCGGGGUACUGUCACUACCUUAGACCCUCGAUCAGUCUCGCCUCCAAGCUCGGUUAAGGCUUUUGCAGAAGCGAGACGUCUCGAACGAGACCUAUCCGACGUCAACAAGGAGAAUCGAAGAUACGAAGAUUGCGAUCUCCAUAGGACUCUCUCGGGCGACAGCCGCCGAAGCAGACGCAGCCUCAGAAGCAGAAGGUAUACUAAUGACAAUGACAACAAUAGUAUUGCCGAUUCACGCCACACUGCUGAAGAGGAUGUGUGCUUCCCAUUGCACCCUGCCGGAGGAAAGGAUUCGCUCAACAUCAACUUUGAGCUGCUGCAAGAGUUCAUUGACGAGGAAGAGACUCGCGAGCGAACACCGCCUCAGGGCCAGCCACAGGCUCGUAUCUUCCAUGACCUACGCCCACAGAAGACUGGAAUCCCGACCAUCGUCAACUCCAAUGGUGACAUCGUUGAAGCUCCUUCUGGUAGAACCUCUCCAUUCAGUGGCAAGAUUUCUGAGGUUGAGUUGGAUGAGAAGUCUACAGAGCCGCGACUAGAGAACCGAUUUGAAUUCUUUUCGACCCUGGGAGAGUCUACCAUCCAUGCCGCUGAGUUUGGUGACUUGGUUCUACCCGGAGAAGACGUUCGGAGCCUGUUUACUUUGCCUCCAACCACUGAUGAUGAGGAUGGUGUCUGGUGGUUGAAUAUCAACAGCGCCACAAAGGAAGAGAUUACCACCAUCUGCCGAGCUUUUGGCAUCCAUCCCUUGACUAUCGAAGAUAUUCUUACUCAAGAGGCUCGCGAAAAGAUUGAGCUCUUUCAAUCCUACUACUUCGCUUGCUUCCGAUCGUUCCAUGUCGAGGAAGAAGAAAACGGUGGACAAGAUUAUGAGCCUUUCAAUAUCUAUGUUGUUGUUUUCCGCGAGGGAACUCUCAGCUUCAGCUUCGCACCCAACCCACACGCUGUCCAGGUCAGGCAAAGAAUCACCAAGCUUAAGGAUUUUGUUGCUUUGAGCUCUGACUGGAUCUGCUAUGCCCUCAUUGAUAACAUCGUUGAUUCGUUCGCUCCAAUCAUCAACAGGAUCGAGCGCGAAGCUGAUGUUAUCGAAGAUGAGGUUUUUAUUUCCCGCAACGAUGAUAUGCAGACCUUUCUCCGCAAGAUUGGUAUGGCGCGGAAAAACGUAAUGGGUCUCAUGAAAUUAUUGGGUGGCAAAGCAGAUGUCCUUAGGGGUUUCACCAAGCGUUGCAAUGCCAACUACAGAGUCACUCCUCGAAUGGAUAUAGGCCUCUACUUGGGCGAUAUCCAGGAUCACGUUGUCACUAUGAUGACCAACUUGGCACAUUUCGAGAAGAUGCUCUCCAGAUCCCACAGCAAUUACCUCGCUCAGCUGUCCAUUGAGAACAUCGAACAAGGCAACAACUCUAACAGAGUCCUCAGCAAGAUCACCAUGCUUGCCUCGAUCCUCGUUCCCCUCAAUUUAGUAUGCGGUCUGUUCGGCAUGAACGUGGCUGUUCCUUGGAAAGACUCUGAGAGCCUUGGGCCCUUCUUCGGCAUCCUGGGAUUCUUGGUACUUUUCACAGUCCUAGCUCUUGGCGUUGCAAGGAGAUUGAGAUACAUCUAA